CAGUUGCCCAGUGGGACAGUUGGGUCUCAGCACCUCAAGCGGCUCCAUCAAAUCCACAAGCCAGCCAGCCAUGAGCAAGUCGUACUCCGCUUCAGCCCAGUCUGCCUCUUCGUACCGUCGCACCUUCGGCUCCGGCGUUGGUUCAUCACCAAUGUCUUCCCUCUUCUCCUCUGGAGGAGGCCGCAGCUCCUCUUCAAGCCACAUGUCUUCCAGAGUCUACGAGGUCAAGAGCUCUGGCAUUCCCUCCUUUUCCGGCUACAGGGUGUCCUCUGGUGCUGGAGGAGCUGGGUUCGGCUCCUCUACAGCCAUGCGCACCUAUUCCGGCGAGAAACUCGACUUCAACCUGGCCGAUGCCAUGAACCAGGACUUCCUCAACACAAGGACCAAUGAGAAGGCCGAGCUUCAGCACCUCAAUGACCGCUUUGCCAGCUACAUCGAGAAGGUGCGUUUCCUGGAGCAGCAGAAUGCCGCACUGACCGUGGAGAUUGAGAAGCUGAGGGGUCGCGAGGGUCCCGGGCGUGUGGCUGAGCUGUAUGAGGAGGAAAUGAGGGAGCUGAGGAGGCAGAUAGAGGCCCUCUCCAACCAGCGUGCCCGAGUGGAGGUGGAGAGAGACAACCUGGGUGAUGACCUGCAGAAACUUAAGCUGAGACUGCAGGAGGAGAUUCACCAGAAGGAAGAGGCUGAGAACAACCUGUCUGCUUUCAGAGCCGAUGUUGACAAUGCUACUCUGGCCAGGCUGGACCUGGAGAGACGCAUUGAGAGUCUGCAGGAGGAAAUUGCCUUCCUCAAGAAGAUCCAUGAAGAGGAGAUCCGUGAGCUGCAGAGCCAGAUGCAGGACACUCAGGUCCAGGUCCAGAUGGACAUGUCCAAACCCGACCUGACUGCUGCUCUGAGGGACAUCCGCAUGCAGUACGAGGCCAUCGCCGCCAAGAACAUCGCAGAGGCUGAAGACUGGUACAAAUCUAAGGUGUCUGACCUGAACCAGGCCGUGAACAAGAACAACGAUGCUCUGCGUCAGGCCAAGCAGGAGAGCAUGGAGUACAGACACCAGAUCCAGUCCUACACCUGUGAGAUCGACUCUCUCAAAGGCACCAACGAGUCUCUGCUUCGCCAGAUGAGAGAUAUGGAGGAUCGUAUGUCCCGCGAGGCCUCUGGUUACCAGGACACUAUCACACGGCUGGAGGAAGACAUUGCUAAGAUGAAGGAUGAUAUGGCCCGCCACCUGAGAGAGUACCAGGACCUCCUCAAUGUGAAGAUGGCCCUUGAUAUUGAAAUUGCCACCUACCGCAAGCUGCUGGAGGGAGAGGAGAGCAGGAUCACCACCACCGUGCCAGUCCAGUCUGCCUAUUCUUCCAUUGGAUUCAGAGAGACCAGCCCUGAGUCCCAGCAUCAGCGCUCAUCAGAGGUUCACUCCAAGAAGACUGUUCUCAUCAAGACCAUCGAGACCCGCGAUGGAGAGGUGGUCAGCGAGUCCACACAGCACCAGCAGGACAUCAUGUAAACAAGAAGAGGCAACAUUAGAAACACUAUAUAUGACAAAUCAAUAAAAAAACAGUGCAAACAUUUACAUCUUCCUACCACCUACCUAUUUAUAAGCUGAGCCCAUUUUUAGAUACAGUUUGCUGACCAUUUCAGCCAAAGCACAAAAUUAUAUAAGUGAAUGCAACCUGUAGACUUGUACAUCUUUGCACAAUGUGCUGUAUACAUAAUAAACAGGAUAGAGGCACUAUGGAGGUAUGAGGCACUGCCUGGUUUUAAAUAAAAGCCAUUCCAGAAAUGUAUACUUUGUUCAUGUUACUUUCCAUCUUUCAAAAACACCUGGAUUUGUCCUACUUUGUCUGCUAAUAUGAUCCAAAAGCAAAGAUACAGUUUAAAAUAACAACACAUCUUUUGUGUAGCUGUAUUGGCCCAAUAUCUAUAAGGACGUCUGCAAGGCACUAGACAGAUCGAUGGCCGUGAAACACUGUGGUCAAAAACAAUAAUGUACCAGUAAUUUUUCACUGCACAUAUUCCAAGUCUUUGACUUGAUCAAGGAGGGCUUUUAUUUGUGUAACUGAUUUAAGGAACGUGAAAUGUUGGUCUAAGUUUUGAAAUAUGUCAGAAACACAAACAUCUAAUGAAAAAGGAACUCAGUCAUGUUUUAAGUUUGAGCUCAGAAGCAUGUUCUGGGUGUUUGAUCGUAUGUGUAUGGGUAACCAUGGUACGGUGCUUCAUUUUGACAAAAGUCUCAAAUAAAGACAUUUAUUAUCACCAUG